AUGUUGUCACAAAAAUAACAAACAACAAUCGCAACCGGCACGAUCUCGGUUUCACAUUACCGGAUUAUCUUCUUUGAAAAUACCAUGUCCUCCGCGAGUGGCGCAUCGGAGCAGGAUGGCGUGGUCAUCGAAGAGCUUGACGAGAUGCAGAUCGAUCCGGACGAGCGGUCCGAGUUUGUGGAGGCAAGCUCGAUUCCGCUGUUUGGCGAACCGGGCGCAUCGAUUAUCAUCCCGCCCCAGCAGCGGCGCCGGAAGCGUAGAUCGACGGCCGCGUCCACUUCGAUGUCCGAGUCGGAAACGGACGACGAGAGUCCGCAGCAAAAGGAGGUGUGGAUUAAGAAAUUUAUCUCGGGGGAGAUGAGUUACCAGGAGUAUCAGGCCAAGAUGCAGCAGGGUGUGGACAUUGAACUGGAGGACGAAGAGGAGAUUGUGACGAGGCCGAGGGGUGGGCGAAAGUCUUCCGGGUUUGACAAGGAUUACAGUACGUCGCGGAAGGAUGCGCUGCGGGGGAAUUUGCAGGGCCCGCAGCAGGUUAAGGUCGAGGGAAAGGCAUCGAUGAAGCGGCACAGGAGGAUGCUGCCGCCGGCGUUGCAGGGAUUGAUGGGACAGGCGAACUUGUGCUACGCACGGGGGGACGCUGAGAUGGCCAAGCAGUUGUGUUUGGAAAUAGUUCGGCAGGUUCCGCUGGCGCAUGAACCGUUCAUAACGUUGGCUCAGAUUUACGAGACUGAGGAUCCGGAAAAGUUUCUGCAGUUUUCGCUUAUUGCUGCUCACUUGAACCCGUCGGAUGUGGAGCAAUGGGUACGAAUCGCUGAGAUUUCCGAGGAGCGUGGAAAUUUGGAUCAGGCACUGACCUGUUACUCCAGGGCCAUUAAAACCGAUCCGAAGAACUUUGAUCUGAGAAUGAAGCGAGUUCAGCUGCUGGAGAAGAAGGGUGAGGAGAAGCAAGCAUUCAAGUGCUACUUUGCAAUGCUUCCUUACAUCCCGAAGGAACGCGGUGAGUUUUUGGUGGAAACGGCCAAGCGGUUGGCGAAGAAGUUUCACGAAGAGAGCAAUAUAACGGCCGCAAUGGAAGCGAUGGACCGAGCGUACGGAACCGUUCCAGAGUUGUUCAGUGUGGAGGACAUAAACCUGUUCUUGGAGUUGUUGAUCGCAACCGGGAACUACCGGCGCGCGCUGGACGUUUUGAUGGUUCACACGAGCGUUGAAGUGCACGAGAUGGUCAACGAAGAGGAGGAACCGACCAGCCGGCGUUCCAUUUACACGGUGGUCAUUCCCGACGUGAUUAUUCUGGACUUUCGCACCAAGCUGGCGGUCGUGUUGAUUCACCUCAAGUGUGAGCAUCUGUUCGAGAUGAUUGUGACGAACAUUUUGACCAACAUAAACGUGGAGGAGGCCGGCGAUUGCUAUCUGGACAUUGCGGAAUCGUUGAUGAAGGAGGAAAGCUACCAUUUUGCACUGAAGCUGCUAGUUCCACUGAUUAAGAGCGAGAACUUUUCGCUGGCAGCGGUUUGGUUGCGGUACGCGGAUUGUCUGCGCGCCAUUGGUGAUUACAACGAGUCGAUCAAGGCUUACAAGAAGGUCAUUUCGUUAGCUCAACAUCUGGACGCUCGACUUACACUGUCUGCGCUGCUCAAGCAACAAGGAAACUACGAGGAAGCGCUUAAGGCGCUUGAGCAGGAUCCUGAAACUGAAGUUAUGGACGCCGAAUUGUUGUACGAACGCUGUCUAAUGCUGAAGGAGGUUGGCAAAUAUGACGAGUUCCUAUCUGCGGGAUUUAUGCUGCUAAUGCGUCACUGCAUUCCGCUGCGGAGUCGACUCGAGAUGGGCAGUGCCAUUUCGAUCGUUCGCUAUCACGAGAUGAUCAAGAGCAUCCAGGAUAUCAAGGUCUCCCGCCAGGAGCCGUUUGACGAGGCCGCUCCGGAAUUCUCGCGCUCAGAAAACGAACCGUCCAUCGAAGCCGAAUGGGAUCUGGUGUUGAGUCUGCUGCAAGUCGCAGAGGUGCUGAAGAAGUUUGCCUUCUUUCAGAAGCUGGUGUUCACGCUGUGCACCGCAAAGCGAUUCUAUUCCUACCGUACGGAACUUCAAUGCCUGGCACUGUACGGAUGCCUGUACAAUCGGGAUCCUGUUUUUGCGUACAAUUUGAUUCGUGACCGCGUGAACCGGGACAAACGCCUGAACAACCCGAGGCUGUGGAACCUGUUCAACCUGGUCAUUCUCGUGACUGGCGACAUUCGGUACAAUCGUUACCUGAUGCGGCUGUUUGAGCGACUCCCGAAGAUCGACGUCAACAUCCGAGUUCUGCAAGCAAAUUACCAUCUUAACGCGGGAACGUACAAGUACGCGCUGAACGACUACAGUAAAAUCUACCAAAAGACAAACGACCCAAUCCACGCACUCCUCAUCGCCGUCACCUUAACCCAGAUCGCGUGCCAAAAGUUCACCACCAAGAAGCAAGCCCUCGCUGCGCAGGCCAUCGGAUUCAUCGAAAAGUACCGCAAAGGGCGUCCCAGCGAGCUGGCGAACGAAAUUCACUACAACAUUGGCCGGAUGUACCACCAGCUGGGGCUGCACAACAUGGCCGUGGAGCACUACAAGCGAGCGCUGGAGGCGACGCACCCGCUGAUUGGCGAGUACCCGGAGUAUUUGGAUCUGCGGGCGGAGAUUGCGUUCAACCUGAGUAGCAUCUACCGGAGCAACAAUAACUUCGAGCUGGCCCGGAAGUACAUGUACGAGUACAUCGAGAUCUAAGGGUGAGUGUGAUUGAUUGGGGUUGUUUUUUUUUAUCAUAUUGAUAUGCGUUGAAUGAAGAAGCUUUGAGCUGGGA